UCUGCUCUGUGCGAGUCUAGUAAACAACUUCUGGAUUUCCAGUCAAAGUGCUAUGCGGGGGUGCGCUCAGCUGUAGUUAGGAAACGGAGAAAACGCAACCUAAGCUAUGGCAUCUGGGAAAAUUCGCUCCACGCGCAAACUACGCGCUUGGAUGGUAGAACAGGUCAGCAGUGGGAAGUACCCUGGCCUGAUAUGGGACGACUUCGACAAGACCAUGUUCCGUAUACCAUGGAAACACGCCGGGAAACAAGACUUCCGCAGCGAAGUGGAUGGUGCCAUCUUCAAGGCGUGGGCAGUGUUUAAGGGGAAGUUGUCUGAGGGGGGUCAUGCGGACCCUGCCUCCUGGAAGACGCGGCUGCGAGUUGCUCUCAAUAAGAGCCCGGAGUUCAGAGAGGAACCUGAGAGGUCACAGCUGGAAAUCUCCGAACCAUACAAAGUCUACCGCCUCGUACCCAUCAACGAACAAGCAUUGGGGAGUGUUGACAUGAAGUUCCAAGCCAGAGCAGGGGGGAGGAAGAGAAGGAGCCGUGAUUCAGACAUCGAGGCGGAGGAAGAGGUGGUGAAGGUCAAACAGAUGAAAGAAGUUACCACCUCCCUACCAAUCACCAUGUCUGUUCAGGAGAUUGAGGAAAGUGUUCUUACAAUCCAGCUAGACCAGGUUGAUCAGCCCUCGGUCAUGGUGAAGAGUGCUGGGACAGUCAAUGAGAUCCAGGUGAACUUCACGAUCGAGACCGUCCCUCCCCCUGGAGCCCAGGACUCUUUCCAUGUCUUAGUGAAGUACAUGGGAGAGGAGGUGCUUAAACGUGGGGUCAUGGGCAGCGAUGUCCGGAUCGCCUAUCUGCCCUCCUCGCCUGUUCCCCCCACCCUGAUGGUGGCUGGGUUCCCCCGCAUCCCUCUGCCCGACCCCCCCUCCACCUUGACCUCCAGCAUCGGGCCCCAGUUCCAGGCCCUCUCCACCCUGCUGCCCUUCAUGGAGAAAGGGGUGAUCCUGACCUCCACAAGAACAGGGGUCUAUGCUAAGCGCUACUGCCAGGGCCAGGUGUUCUGGACAGGGCCACAUUCAGCCACGGCGGGACCCCACAAGAUGAACCAUGCUGUGGAGCCCGUGCGGCUCUUCGAUAGAGAGGCUUUCAGAAUGGAGCUGGACCACUUCUGCAGCUACGGGGGAGACCCUCCUCAGUGUGGCUUCACCUUGUGUUUCAGUGACAAAGAGGACCCAUCCAGCAAACUCAUCAUCACACAGAUAACCCUACCCUGGGCUCAGCAGCAGGUCAAGGUAGCUGAAGACUUCCGGGAGUCAAUGACCAUAACCAGCGAAUCAGGAGAGGUCACCAUCAACCUGGUAUCAGGUUCAUUGCUAUCCGAAAUCCUUGGGACGUCCCUACCGUACACCCUAAACAUUUAAAAAAUAUAAACUUCAAAUGGGGGCGGGAUAGCAUGUAACAGUGGCCUUUAGCAUCCAAUCACAGGACAUCUUGUUUUACAAUUUUUUAUUUAUCCGUUAUUUUACCAGGUAAGUUGACUGAGAACACGUUCUCAUUUACAUCAACGACCUGGGGAGAGGGGGGGUGAAUGAGCCAAUCGUAAACUGGGGAUUAUUAGGUGACCAUGAUGGUUUGAGGACCAGAUUGGGAAUUUAGCCAGGACACCAGAGUUAGCAUCCCUACUUUUACGAUAAGUGCCAUGGGAUCUUUAAUGACAUCAGUCAGGACACCCGGCAGUGUCCUGGGGCAUUGGGAUAUUUUUUAGACCAGAGGAAAGAGUGCCUCCUACUGGCCCUCCAACACCACUUCCAGCAGCAUCUGGUCUCCCAUCCAGGGACUGAC